AUGACGGGACGCGAGUCGGCUGGUCGCUCCUUAGAGGGGCUGCCCUUUGAAGUUCAGCGACUCAUUCUCGGGAAGGCGCCAAGCUUGGAUGAGCUGCGCACUCUCAUCCGGGCCUCGCCGCAGCUAUACCGUGUCUAUGUUGAAGACCGGCCGCGAAUUCUUCGAGCCUUCAUAUCCAAUCUUCUCGAGGACAUCAUCUUGGACGCCCACGCCGCCUAUGUCUCGGGCGAAGACAUCUUCCAGUCUAACCGCGGCCACGCAAUGCUCUGGGAAUUCCUCGACGACUUCCGGCAACGACGCGACUUUGAAGCGCCCGCCGCCCUAGCCGCCCGGCUGUCUGAAAAACAACUCAUUGGGAUUAUUCGUUACCACGCGUCCGUUAUCGAGCCUUUGACGGACCGCUACACUGCCUGGGCGACAGCUACUCUGGCCUCCCCGCCGCAAGAGUUAAAGUAUGAGUUAGAGGAGUGGCCACUCACUUCCAUCCGCGACAUGGACAGGCGGCGAAUCCAGCGGGCCUUUUACCACUUCCAACUGUUCUGCAAUGUUUCUGGGAGAAGGGUUUCUCACAGCUCUGGACGCUCCUCAUGCAUCCACGAUCCGUCCGAGUGCUGGCGCGUGCUUACCAUCUUUCCUGAAUACCAAUUCGAGGCGAUACGCUGCGUUCACACCUUCGCCAGGAUGCGCAUUAUGAUCCUUUCUACAGGCAGCGAUUCAAGUCUGUGA